UCCAGAUAAGACGCCGAAGGAACAAUGAAAGGAGGACAGCUUCCUCUUCUUCUCCCUCACUUUCCCUUUUCAUCAUCCUCUUGAGGCAUCGCUCUCUUCAUUCAACUCUUUUCCCAGUGGGUUUGUUCAAACAAAAUUAGGACAACUGGCGACUGAAAUGGGCGAAUGGGAUCUGCUGGGCCGCCUGCUGGACAAAGUACAGAGCCACUCCACAGUGAUUGGCAAGGUCUGGCUCACCGUGCUGUUUGUCUUCCGCAUCCUGGUCCUCCGCACCGGCGCUGAGAAGGUGUGGGGCGAUGAGCAAUCGGACUUUGUCUGCAACACUCAGCAGCCCGGCUGUGAGAACGUCUGCUACGACCUCGCCUUCCCCAUCUCUCACGUUCGCUUCUGGGUUCUUCAGAUUAUUGCUGUAGCGACGCCUAAGCUCCUUUAUCUUGGUCAUGUCCUUCAUGUGAUCCACAUUGAGAAGAAGGUGAAGGAGAGGAUGAGAAAGCAGGCAGAGCUGGAUGACCAAGCCAGUCUGUUCCUUAGUAAGGCCUACAAAGUUCCCAAGUACACCAAGAGCAGUGGCAAGAUCAGCAUCCGUGGCCGCCUCCUUCGCAGUUAUGUCCUCCAUCUUGUGGCCAAGAUAGUCCUGGAAGUUUUGUUCAUUGUGGGUCAGUACUUUCUUUACGGUUUCACUCUCCAUACUCGCUACGUCUGCACCCGCUUUCCCUGCCCUCACAAGGUGGACUGCUUCCUCUCCAGGCCUACAGAGAAAUCCGUCAUCAUCUGGUUCAUGCUGGUGACAGCAUUUGUCUCCCUCGUUCUCAGCCUGGUUGAACUGUUCUAUCUGUGUGUGAAGGCUGUGAAGGAGUGCAUGGCGAGGAGGCAGGACUACACCGUGACCCCGGUGACACCUCCAUUUCUGGAAAGGAAAGCUUUUAAAAGCCGGGACGAGAUGAUCCAGAAUUGUGUCAACCUCGAGCUGGAGCUGCAAGGUCAAAAGUUGGGGGUGAACGGGGUCAAAGAUGGGGUGAACAAGGCUGUUAAGAAUGUAUCACCUGAAAACAAUGUGGGGGAGGUCCAGAUCUGAGGCAUGGGGGCAGUGAUAGGUUGUAGGUUGUUCCAGUAAAGUUCCCGUAUUUGUGUGCUUUGGCUUUAGAGAGGAAAGGGGGUGAGGGGGGCUAGCCGGCUUCUGUAAACAGGUCUCAUUCACAUGCAAAAUGUUGCUUUAAAUGACUUAAAGGGACUGUUGUGACAUAAUACAAAAGUACAAAAGUUGCCCAUCAAUUUAAGAUACUGUAGAUAAGAUUUUUUGAUAGAUUUUGUUAAGGGUACUUUGUUGGAAUGAUUUAAGAUAAUGUAAUGUUGCAAUUUUUAUUCAACAAACCUGUCGUAUUCAGAAUCUGAUUGUAAUACAGUUGUCCUUUUCUUAUCGUUUUGUCAUGUUUGCACAGUACAUUUUCUGAGAUGAUAAAUAAGCAAUGUUGCCCUGCAUUAAUAAACAAGGUCCA